UUUUUUUUUUUUUGGAAUUGUUUAGCUUUAUGUGGCCUUGUUCUUGAAUGUACAUUAAGAAAAAGAAAAAGAAUGGUUCGUAGAUUGUCAACUAGAUUAUUGAACGUUUGCAUUGCUUCAUUUUGUAAAGCCCAUAAAUUGGAGAAAGCCGAAUCGGUUAUUAUUGAUGGUAUAAGAUUGGGAGUGCUCCCUGAUGGCGUAACUUACAACAUUCUUAUUGAUGCAUACUGUCGUUUAGUUGGAAUCGAUGCUGGUUACUCUGUUCUUCAUAGAAUGGGAGAAGCUGGGAUUUCCCCAGAUGUUAUUUCUUACAAUUCUUUGAUAGCUGGCGCCACUAGGAAUUGCCAAAUAUCUCGGUCUUUUAAUCUGUUUGAUGAAAUGAUUCAAAGAGGUAUUGCUCCUGAUAUUUGGAGUUACAAUACUUUGAUGCACGGCUUCUUCAAGUUAGGAAAACCAGAUGAGGCCAAUAGGGUUUUCCGGGAUAUAAUACUUGUUGAGCAUUUGCCUUGUGUCGCUACUUUUAACAUUAUGAUGAAUGGUCUUUGUAAGAAUGGGUAUACCGAGAAUGCUUUUAUGUUGUUUAGGAAUUUACAGCGUCAUGGAUUUGUGCCAGAGUUAAUGACAUACAACAUUCUUGUUAGUGGAUUAUGCAAGAUUGGUAGAUUAGGGCUGGCAAUGAGGAUUUUUAAAGAAAUAGUAGAAUCGGGUCAUGUUCCAAAUGCCAUAACAUACACUCCUGUACUGAGAUGCUGUUUUAGGAAGAGGAAGUUUGAAGAAGGGCUCGAGUUAUUGUCAGAAAUGAAGAGUAAAGGGUAUACGUUUGAUGGUUUUGCUUACUGCACAGUUACUGGUGCUCUAAUCAAGAUAGGCAAGAUGAAAGAGGCAACUGAAUUCAUGGUGGAGAUGAUGAGGACUGGUAUUGAGCUUGAUAUAGUGUCUUAUAACACCCUCAUUAAUAUGUAUUGUAAAGAUAAUAAGUUAGAAGAAGCCUAUAAGUUGUUGGAUGAUAUAGAAAAAAAAGGGUUGGAAUGUGACAAAUAUACACACACGAUAAUGAUUGAUGCAUUGUGCAAGGCAGGUAAUAUUGAGGGGGCUGCACGACAUCUGAAGUACAUGAGUACGAUGGGCUUCGAUUCAAACUUGGCUGCCUAUAAUUGUUUUAUUGAUGGGUUGUGUAAAGUUGGUCAGAUUGACAAUGCAAUGAAAGUCUUUAAAUCAAUGGAGGUAAGAGAUUCUUUUACCUACUCCUCUUUGGUGCACAAUCUUUGCAGAGCUGGAAGGUACCGCUCUGCAUCCAAGCUUCUGCUAUCUUGUUUGCGAAGUGGCAUGAAAAUACUGAAGUCUGCCCAACGGGCUGUCCUGUCUGGUCUUCGCUAUUCUGGAUUUCCUGGAGAGGGAAGAAAGGUUCAGUCCAAGAUUCGUAUAGCUCGAAUAUUAAAUUAUUGAUAAUUUGACCAUUAUUUUCCAAUUCAGUGCUAGAAGUUGGAAGAUUUUCUUAGUACAGCUGAUUUAACAUUGAGGAUCAUUCUUUGUUGAUCAAGGUACUGAUCGGAAUGAUGUGACUUUCUUGUUGUUGUAAGAUCAAUGGCUUUUUUGGGGUGAAAAACUGUUGGCCAAGACAGAGACUAGCAAUUCUGAAUCAAACCACAACUACUUGUUAUUCACUGCAUACAUGUUUCCAUCAUCAAACACUAGAUGAUGUGAUGUGAAUUGCUUGAAACCUCUACUUCUGCAUCAAAAACUGUGUAGCAUAUUAACAGGAGAUACAUCUAUGAAGCUUGUUACUAGAUUGGCUGCUUUUCGUGUGGUCGCUUCUGUUUUGGUGUUUUUUCUGGAUUAUUUGACUUCCUUUGCCUUCUAUCAAAAAUUAAUUCUCGAAGAAUUUCUUAAAUGGAAUCAUGGACGUGAGCUGCUCUGUUUGCAUCCUAUCAAGGACAUAUGUUGGUAGAAGUGUAUUUUACAUGGAAGACUUAGCCUUGCAGGAUCAAUGGUCUAAAAUACUCACAGGUGUGAUGAAGGAAGAGGCACCUCAUUAGAAAAUUAUCUGGAACCUUGGCAGUUGUCAUUGAAUGCUGGGUUAAAGCAUCUAUUUCUCCCUGGGAUCCAUUCUAGUUGCAUUUGCAGAAAGGAGUUUAGAGGCUGGUUGCUCAGGGAAUAGGAAGAAAUUCUCAUAGCCUCUCUGUCUUUUCCUUUGUGGAUCAAUGGCUUGGCUAGACGACGGAGGAUGAGGUACAUCCAGCAAGUUGUGGCAUCAGGUAGCUCUUUCUGCUCGUCGUUGUCAAGGUGCAAGGAUCUCUCUCUAGUGUCUCCUUCCCCAUUUCUUCUCUUAUUAGGUAGUUUGACAACAUUAAAUGAAGCUCAAGCCCCCAGCCCAACCUAUCUCCACUCUAAAUUAUUGGAGUAGCGUUUCAAACUUAGCAUUGGUAUCAGUUAGCAUUCAAAAGCAUUUCAAUAUUUUAUUUUUA